UCCAGUGUUUGAGAAGAAUUUGAGUGGAAUUACCCCUUAAUAGUUUUGUCUCUUUAUUAGUUUUUAUUUUAAUACUAUUAAUGAGGAUGCCGUGGCAGUAUUUUGUUGCAUUUUAUGGCAAACCGUUGAAGAAGUAGUCUGUCAUUCGGUUGGCUGGUGCAGCGUUGCUAUGGUAACUGUACACCUACUAGUCGUUUUGUUGUCUUGCUCAAUAGGAAUUAAAUUCAUCGGUGCGAAGGAAGACGAGUGCUAGUAACUCAGUAUAUUAAUGGAGUUUAUCGGAAGCAGUUACAAAGGGGCUACAAAAAAUGGCAGGAUGGAAGGAAAAGGAGAGUACACCUUUCCUACAGACACAAAGUAUGUGGGAGAGAUGAAAGACGGGAUGUUCCAUGGUAGGGGAGUACUCCACUUUCCAAAUGGAAGUAAAUAUGAGGCCACCUGGGAAAACGGCAUUGCAAAGCAGGGGUCAUUCACAUUUGCUGAUGGUCUGCAAUACCAGGAGAAGAACUGGGACUACUGUGAUGGUUAUGACAGGCGCUUCUACAGCGAAAGGUGCAACGGGCUCAGACCUGCAGGAGAAUCUCAGAUAACAGAUAUACAUCCUCCACGAGCCAUUCCUGAUGGAUGUUAUGACUGCGGAGAUGGUUUCUAUGAUCCCACUGCCAGAGUUGUCACUUCAUACAAUGGCAGGUUCCUCAGGAAUGCAGAUGACUCUGAACACGAGUGGAUUGUGCGGACCUGUCGGAAGGCUUGGGAUGAGGUUGUUGGUGUUGAUCCUGAAAAAUCCCUGGCAACAAGAUGUGAAAAGAGCAGCUGAGAACACCUCCCUUCUUUAGCAUUAUAUUUGUAGCCAUAUUAAAUCUACAAGAAAAGCCUUGA